UAAUAAAAAGUUAGGCCCUCUCUUAGGGCCUGACAUUUUUAUAUACACCAUUAUAGGAAAGCCCUGUCAUACGUUAUAGCUUAGGGCUACAAAGGUUUAAGUCCAGCUCCGCAUCGUGGGAUUUCUGAAUAUGAAUAUUUGUUUGUACACAAGUCCAGAAGAAGUAUUCUCGAUGAUGGCUUGCGACAUUUUAUAGUCAAAUAGAAUAGAGUUAAACCGAAUAAGUCGUCGAUAGAAAACGUAUAGGCUACAGUAGACAAAUGUACACCGCCAGAUCGGAUGAUGUAAGAUUAGUAGAGAAGUUGAAUGGACGAUGCCACUUCAAUCGAGCAGAGAUUAAGAUGCUGAUCGACAUCUACAGAGAAGUAUGCGGACAUUCGGUCAUGGACAAGGCCACCUUUAUCGAUUUUCUUCAGAAUACUUUCGAUAUGACAGACGAUCCCGUCAUAGAAAGGAUCUUCAGGAUCUUCAAUAAAAGCAACAACGGGAAGAUAAGCGUGGAAGAAUGGAUACAAGGUCUAUCAGUUUUUCUGUGCGGCACCAUGGAGGAGAAGAUGAACUUUUGUUUUCGCGUUUACGAUCUGGGAGGUAACGGUUGCAUUUCUCGAGAAGAUCUUUACUCUUUACUGAAGCAUAGGAUACAGAAGACCGGAGACGAAGACCCCGAAGACGUCACUAAAGACUUUAUAGAUAUGAUCAUCGAUAAAAUGGAUUACGAUCGAGACGAUCAUUUGUCUUUCUCGGACUAUAAGAAAAGUGUACAACAGGAACCUCUUCUUCUGCAAGCUUUUGGUCCCUGCUUGCCCGAAGAUAAAGUUCGAAUAACAUUUCUCGCGCUAUUCAAGAAAACCACUCCGAAGUGGAGAUGACUUAAUAUAAAGCCGCAACACGCUUUCACACUAGUAUAUAUGCUGCCUGAUCUAUAACUAAGAAAAUUCUUCGAUUAUACAAAUCUAGAACAUAUGAAAAAUAUAUAAUUUAAAGUCAAUUAAA